CCGGGCUGGUCACCAUAAGUAUCUCCCGCGUUUCGAAAGUUACCACUUACAGCGAUUACAAUGACUGAAGUUUUAGUUUUAGAUCUAAUUUACGGUUGGUGCUCAGCGUGCAGCAAUUUCUUUGACAAACCUUUCGCUGAUAUUUUGCCUUUCGUCGGUGGGCACGUAGCAGAACAUAUUUUCUUACUUUGCGGACAUCAGCAGGCAAACGGCGGCCGUUCAGCGUUUCCACACACAGUGUUGAAGGAAACGAAAAACGUGCACAUCUUGGACUUUGGGACUAUCACGAAAUGCUUGUAUCAUUUUAAGCAGAUCUUAGAUGAGCUUAAUUUGAGCUCAGUUAGGGUUGUUACGUCCUGUCAGGGAAGAGAAGUACUUCUGUUAUAUCAGCAGGAACUUUUUACACCAGUGUACUCAUUUGAAUACGUGGUCAAGUGUGAAGAUCACCCCAUCUGUCAAAGCUGCUGUCCUGCCCCUACAGUACCGGCUGUAAACUCGGCACGGGAUGUCACCCAAGAGACGUCAGCCUUUUUUCAGCAGUUACCUGCACUUAGAGGAGAUGUCAAUAUUCUAAAAUCCUCAUUUAUUCCUGAUUGUUUUGGCCAUGGCUUCAGUACUCGUACAGGUGGUGUGUCCUGUAUCCCAACCUUGUCCUCCCUGAACCUUUUCAGCAGCUGCAAGAGGAGAGACCCAGCAGCUGCAGUGGCUGAGAACACACGCCGCUUGGCCCUCAAGGCUGGUUUUUAUCCUCAACCGCUUUACUUGGUUAGGGUAAACCAUGCUAGAGAUGUCUGGGUCAUGGGGACAGCAGAGCCACCAGAGAGCUAUGAUGCUAUUGUGACCAAUCAGACUGGUGUCGUCAUAGCAGCCCCAGGGGCUGAUUGCAUGCCUCUCUUAUUUGCUGAACCCGUGACAAAGGUUAUUGGAGCUGCUCAUGCAGGUUGGAAAGGAACCCUGAUGGGAGUUGCUAUGGCUACGGUGGGUGCGAUGGUGAGAGAAUUUGGUUGCAAGGUGAGUGACAUUGUUGUGGCAAUCGGGCCAUCGGUAGGGGCAUGUUGUUUCACCCUGGAGAGAGAGCAGGCUUUGGAGUUCCACUGCAUCCAUCCUGAAUGUGUCCCUGACCCACACUCUUCCAGACCACAUGUCAACAUCCGCCUUGCUACAAGAAUACUCCUCCAAAGAGGUGGGAUCCAACCAGGGCAUAUCCAUGAUGACACAGUAAUUGGGAGUUCUUGUGUGACCCCCUGCACCUCUUGUCACCCUGAGUACUUCUUCUCCCAUGUCCGGGAUGGGCUCCACUUUGGAACCCAGGUGGGAUUCCUGUGGAUCAAGGAAAAUGGACGAACUGGAAAAAAAUUUCAACAGGCCAAAAAAUGUGAAAUGUAUGGAUAACAGUUCCCUAUGAAUACUUCUGACAUUCAUGUCGGCAAUGGACAUUUACUUCAUUCAAGAAAAUAGUCCUAUCUGGCAAUGAGUUGGAUUAUCUAUUUUUCCACUGAAUCAGUGCUAAGUGAUAAUUAUGUGAUAGCAUUACUACUUAACCUUCAGUUGAAAUUCUCAACUGAAACUACUUAACAAUUAUAAUCAAGCUGAAUUUAUAAAACAUGAGCUAGAAAUACUAUUCCGUAGCUAAUGCUAUGCAUUGUAUUUCCUUUUUUCUGUUGAUUUUUUUUAAAGGUCUAAAAAACACCACUGUAAAACCAGUUUCUGCUUGCCGAGUUCCAAUCUGGUGAAGUUGAACAGAACCUGUAGCUGUUAUUGUACUUAAUCAAAAAUCUGACUGAAAAAUAGGGUGUAUAGAAAAAAUACAUGUUAGAAGUAUGGGUUCAGUGGGUUCUAAAACACCACGAAACAGACACAAGAAGGAGCCAUUUCCUAUUUUGAGUUUACAGUGCUCGUGCAGAGUUCUUUGAGGACUCCUAGAAAAAAUGGGAUCUUCAGAACCAGAUUUAUUGCCAAGUAGUUCAAGAACAUACACGGAAUUUGUCUUGGUAUGUUGGUGCAAGAGGGAAAAAAUAACAGUAAACAGUAAAGAUAAGUUAAAAGAAUAAUACAAUAUAUAGACAAGAUAAAAUAAAAUAAAAGUAAAAAAAAGGUGCAAUAAUGGGGAAACACUGAGAAUAUGGCAAGUACUCUAUUUACUUAAUGUUAAAUGAAAAUUUUAAAUAACUUUUUAUUCUGUAAAUAACUUCUUAUUUGCAGAAUAAGAGUUAUUUACAUGGUAGAGCAGACAUUAUGCAAAGUGUCCAUGUACAGAGGGCACAGUAGGGCAGAUAAGAUAGAUUGCACUUUGUUUUUGCGUGCAAGUGUGUGUGCAUAUGUGUAGGUGCAUGUCGUGUUGUGGUGUGGAGAAAGGGUCAAACAAGGUGGGUGAGGUGCAGUGUCAGUAUUGGUGUCACGGGGCUUGUUGGAAAGUCCUCAUGCUGGAGAGAAGAAGCUGUUCUUGUGGCGUGAGUUUCUAGUUUUCAUGCACCUUAGCCUCUUGCCAGAGGGGAGGAGUGUUUUGAAGAGACCAUGGCCUGAGUGGGAAGGAUUAAACAUGAUCUUUCCUGCUCACCUUAGUGUCCUUGAGGCAUACAGGUCCUGGAUGGAUGGCAGGUUGCAGCCAAUCACCCCCUCAGCAGAGUGAAUUAACAUUCGCUGCAGUCUGCCCUUGUCCUUGGCAGUGGGAGCAAAGUACCAGAUAGUGAUGGAUGAGGUGAGGGUAGACUCAUUGAUGGUAGAGUAAAAGUAAAAAGUAAAAGUGUACUAAUGUAGUUAUGGUGCAUAUCCAGAAGUUUUAUCUAAAGGUAUAUAUAGGCCAAAUAGCCUAUUGCACAGCGAUUGGUUUCAGGUUGUUUUCCACCAGUUUGGCUUGUUUGCCACCGGGCAGCAUGGUGGCUCAGUGGUUAGGACUGUUGCCUCACAGCAAGAACGUUCUGGGUUUAACCCUCAGGCCGUCCCAGGAGUUUGCAUGUUCUCCCUGUGUCUGCAUGGAUUCCCUCUGGGUAAUUGCUCACUUGCUACUUUGAUUUGCAAAAUUAUUUUCAGGUAGAUUGCGCACAUGCUGCUCUUUCUCUUGACCUCCCUUUGGUCUUUUAGCGCCACACACGCGCAGACACACAGCCUCACUACCUCAUAUUACUCUUUUGCCCUGAUCAUUACAUUGCUGCUUGCUAUUGGAUGUACCUGAUUAGCAUUUUUUAUAAUUAGUGUUGAUUAGCAUUAGUUGAUUUCCUCUUUUGAUUGAUUGUUCUAAUAAAUGGU